AUGCAAGUCAACCUCUUCAAAAUCCUCGCUAUCACUGCUGCGUUUUCCACGGUGGAGUCCGCCCCGGUAGAGACUGCUGAGGGCCAGGUUACCCGAGAGCAGGUCAACGAGACUCAUGUCAACGAGGCUGUUGUCGAUGACGCGGUCCCGCAGAAGGGCUGCGUUAAGGAGGAAGCUCCUCAUAUCAGCACAAGAGAGAGGACUCUCAGUUAUAAACUCAAGACAUGUUAUGCAUUAUGUACUGGUGCGAUACAGAUCAACACGGCUCGUUUCAACGGACGCAUCAUCCUAGCCGUCAAUCCACGAACGCCCGUCGUGGAUUGA